CAACCCCUCUCUUGAUAUUGUUCAAACUUAUUAAAUAUCAAAAAUUAAAUAAUUAUAUAUUAAAUAGUUUAAUUUUAUCAUUUGUUCUCAAAUUUAAGUAUUGGGCUAUUAUAUCCCUAAUAUAACUAAACAUAACUAGUUUUAAAAUCGUUAUAAAUUUUAUUGUUAAUUCAUCAUCUUGAUUUUAAUCCAGUAUAUCUAUUAAGUUAUGAGAAUUUCUGGUUUGAGACAAUUAAGAAAUUUUAGUAUUUACUAUAGAAAUGAAAAAUCAGUUACAACAAAUAAAUCUACAAUUUUUGCUCUAUCCUCAGGUUUUGGAAAAUGUGGUGUUGCGGUAAUUCGAGUAUCUGGACCAGAUGUAAAAAAAGCUUUGACAGAAAUUGGUGGAUUCAAACAAUUACCCACUCCUAGAAAGGCGAUGUUAAAAAAACUUUCUGAUCCUGUUACAAAAGAAGUGUUGGAUCAAGGCUUAGUGGUAUGGUUUCCAGGCCCCAAUAGUUUUACUGGUGAAGAUUCGUGUGAAUUUCAAGUACAUGGAGGAAGUGCUGUGAUUUCUGCUGUUCUUCAAGCUCUCAGAAAGCUGGAUAAUUUUUGUCCUGCUGAACCAGGAGAAUUUACGAAAAGAGCAUUUUAUUCUGGGAAAAUGGAUUUGACAUCUGUUGAAGGAUUGUCAGCCUUGAUUGAUUCAGAAACAGAAAUCCAAAGGAAGCAAGCUCUUCACCAGAUGGAAGGUGCUCUAUAUAGUUUAUAUAAUGGAUGGUCUGACAAACUUAUAAAAAGCUUGGCACACCUUGAAGCUUAUAUUGACUUUGAUGAAGAUCAAGAUAUUGAUAAAGAUGUCAUUGAGAAUAUAAACUCUAAUAUUACUUCUUUGAUAGUUGAUAUUAAGAAGCAUCUUGAAGAUGGAAGAAGGGGUGAAAGAAUCAGGAAAGGUGUUCAGAUGACUAUAUUAGGUGCCCCAAAUUCAGGAAAAAGUAGUCUUAUGAAUAUUUUGUGCAAGAGACCUGCUGCCAUUGUAAGCUCUAUUCCUGGGACAACUAGAGAUUUAGUGGAAACUCAUUUAGAUAUAAAUGGCUAUCCAGUAAACGUAACGGACACAGCUGGGCUCCGAGUGGAUCCUGCAGAUCAGGUAGAAGCCGAAGGAAUUUCAAGAGCUAUUUCGUCUGCAAUGAGCUCUGAUUUCAUUCUUUUUAUCUUUGAUGUUGUUAAGUUUGUUGAAUGGACUAAAGAAAAUGGGUACAAUUUAGAUUCCUUAGAAGCGCUUCAAAAAUAUGUGCAGUGCAAUGAAUUGGGCAUACAGGAACAAAUACAACAGUGCCAAGAUUUAUGGAAUUAUAUCUUUAAUAAUGAGAAUUGUUAUUCAAAUGGAAAAACUCAAGGUUUAAUACUGUUUAAUAAGAUGGAUUUACUAUCAAGUGAAGACAAUUUAAGUUUUCUUAAACAAAAUGAUUGCUAUAACUUCAUUUCUGGAAUCUCAUGUAAAACAGAAGAAGGUAUCGCAGAACUAAUCGAAAGGAUGACGAAUAAGUUGGAAACAUUAUGCGGAAAGUCAGCAAGUAUUCAAAACAAUCCUAGUUAUAGCAGUUCUCGUCAAAGGCAUUGCUUAGAAGAAUGCCUGACAUCACUUCAACAGUUCUCCAAAUUAAGCGUUGAAGGAUUUCAAGUUGAUCUGACAGCAGAAACCUUAAGAAGAGCAAUUGAUAGUUUAGGACGCCUGACUGGGCGAAUUUCAACAGAACAAUUACUAGAUAUAAUUUUUAAAGAUUUUUGUAUCGGAAAGUGAAAAGUUUUGUAUAAAAACAUUGUGCUUGUUGAUUUUUUAAUAACUAUUUAUUUAUAUAUUGCUGUAAUUAUUUUUUUUUUCUUUUUCAUGCAGAACAACCAGUACCUUCCCAAACUUAAUUCGUUUAUAUUUACUAAAAUCUGAUUUUCCUCUUCUUACCUUUUGCAUAUAGGUCCAAUUGAAUAAAUAAUUACUCUCAAUUUGAAGAUUCUUCUAUAUUAUAGUAGAUUCCCGCUUAUCCAUCCUGGUCGGGACAGUUGCAUUGGCAGUUAAUACCUAGAGUAUGAAAUAAAAAAAACUAUUUUAAUUUCUAUAGUGUGUGAAAAUCAAAAU